AUGGAAUAUCAUUGCUCACCUCAGUCCUUCUCAGAUAACUUUGUUGUGGAAUGUUGGGAGUGGGAUGUUAAUGCGAAGUCACCAGCAGUACAACUUUCUCCAUGUCGGAGAGCAGUUUACUUUCAUAUUGACCCCGUCCUGCAAAGUGAAGGCUUCAUCCAUGGAGAACAUUAUUGGGAGGUUAAGUUUCUUGAACCUCCAUAUGGUACCUCUGUGAUGGUGGGUGCUGGAACAAGACAUGCACAUCUUCAUCUUGGCAAUUACACAUUUAUAAACAUGCUCGGGAUGGAUUCUGAAAGCUGGGGCUUAUCCCACAAAGGUAUAACCUGGCAUGAUGGCCACAGCAGACAGUACACGGAACCAUUUUAUGAGAAAGCCACAAUCAUAGGAGUUGACUUAAAUCUGUAUGAUGGUACUAUGACCUUUUAUAAGAAUGGACACAAUUUAGGAGUUGCAUUCACAGGCCUCAAUAAGGUUGGGGCACCCUUGUAUCCCAUUGUCACUUCCACAACUGCAGAAACAGAACUUCAGCUUGGGAUGAGAAGCUGUCGGUUCAUGUCACUACAGGAGCAGUGUCUAUACACAGUCAUCCAGCAUCUAAUAGAUAAAGUUCACAUUGACACACUGCCUCUCCCUGCCUACAUCAGAGGACAACUUAAAGAAUUUUUAAAGUAA